AUGAAUAAUAGUAGAAAUAAAGUAAAGAGUGUAAUAAAGAAGAACUUUUACAAGUUUACAGGUAUAUUGGGAUUCAAGAGUAGAAAUACAAAGGAUCAGAAUCAAGAUGAACCAAAUGUAGAUGUAUUAUCUCUACCUCGUACAAAUAUAGACAAUGAAAUCAUAUCAUUGGAAAGAGAUGAAUUUGAUAAACGUUUAAAUGAUUUUAAAUCUUAUCUAUUUAAUCAUUAUAGUAGUAAUAAUAGUAAUAGUAAUAAUAAUAGUAAUAACAAUAAUAAUAAUAUAACAUUACCAAAUGAUUUAAUACAUUCAAUAUUUAUAUCAAUAUUAUCAAAUACAAACAUGUUGAUUGAUACUUCUUUAAUUAAUAAUAGUAAUAGUAAACAACAACAACAACAAUCAAAUUGUGAAUUACUUUCAAAUAUAAUACCAUUAAUGUGUGGAUUAACAUGUUCAUAUAUUACAUGUACAAGAACUACAACACCAGAAGAUUUGGUUCAGAAAUUGUUUGAUGUAAACAUUAAUGUAACAUCUGGUGGUGCAAAUACAUCAUCUUCAUCAUUGGAUGCUACUGCUAGUAGUAGUAAUAAUACAAGUUCAAAUAAUAGUCCAAUCAACCGAUUAAAUAAUGAAUCAAUGCAACUUCCAUCUUCAUCUUCUACUACUACUACCACUACGACUAACAAGAGAAUGGUAGAUAUAUUAUUGGUAGAUGAUUUGGAUCUUGCACCAUUACCUACAAGAUAUACAUUGUUUCAAAUGAUGUCUUAUAGAAAGGUUGCCUACAAGGGUCGUACAUUGGACACUCCAGAAUAUUUUAGUGUCAUUGCAACUGUAUCAUCAUUUAGUAAUGAAUUUAAUCAAGAUUCAACCCAAAGUGCAGAUCAUCAUCAACAACAACAACAACAAGUUAUUUAUCAAAGACAAAGUAGAUCAAUGUCUAUGAUUAACAUGUCAACCAAAGAUAGAAAUCAUCAUCAUCAUCAUAUAGAACCAAUUUCACCACUUAUAUUGGAUAAUUUCUUUUUAAAUUAUCGAUUAUACGAACCUUUAAAUGUACCAAUGUUGACCAAACCUUUACAUGACCCACUCUUGUCUCCACAACCACAACAACAAAUAUUGACAGCUCGUCGUAUACACAGACUUAGACGUCAACUACAAUCAGACUGUAUAUACAUUACCAAUGAUAUGGAACAAUAUAUACGUACUAUUAUUGUUAAUCUAAGAAACCAUCCACUCGUCACAUAUGGCCCAUCUCCAAGAGCCACUCCAACACUUACACUUGCCUCUAAAGCAUGUUCACUACUUUCAGGUCAAUCUUUUGUCACUCCAACACAUGUAAUAUCAGUUGCAACACUUGUACUAAACCACCGAAUCUUUUUAUCAAAUCCUUUUCCUCUUGAUGAUAAACAACAAUAUCGUCAUCAACAACAUUCAAAUAACCAUCCACUGUAUGAACAAAUUAAAUCAAUGUCUACAGUUUCAACAGGUCAAUUAUUAUUACCUAAACAACAUUUAACAAGACAUUCUUUAAAUACAACUAUGGAUUAUAUAGUUGAUAAAUCCAUGGAUAAUAUAUCACCACCAUCAACAUCACCAAGAGAAAAGACAUCAACAUCAAUACCAUUAGAUCUUCCAUCAGGAGUUAUAAAAUCAAUUAGUAAUAAUAUAUUAUCACAAGCAACUCAUCUUCCACCACCUCCCAUUUCAAUUAUAGAUACUGAUCAUCUUGUUCCAAGAGAUAAUAAUCAACAACAAGUUAGAAUGAUGUCACCAAUUACAAUUCAAACCGAUGAUGAUAAUGCAAGUAGUUUUCAUGGUAGUGAACUUGGAAUAACAAUUGAUAAUACCAUGGUUGUAGAUUCUUUUAGUGUAAUUAGAAUCAUGUUGGAUAAUUUAUCUCCUCCCAUCUAA